AAGCGCACCCACACCGGGGAGCGGCCCCACGGCUGCCCGCUCUGCGGCAAGGCCUUCAUCUCCUCGUCGCACCUCGCCCUCCACCGCCGCUCCCACACGGGCGAGCGGAAGUACCGGUGCCCCGUCUGCGGGAAGCUCUUCCUCCAGUCCUCCCACCUGGUGCGCCACAAGGCCAUCCACACCGGCGAGAGGCCCUUCAAGUGCGAGGAGUGCGGGAAGCUCUUCGGGCGCGCCUCGCACCUCGCGACCCACCGCCGCGUGCACACCGGGGAGCGGCCCUUCAAGUGCCUGCAGUGCGAGAAGGCCUUCACGCAGAAGGCCGGGCUGGUCCUCCACGUCCGCCUGCACACCGGGGAACGGCCCUACAAGUGUGACAGGUGCGGGAAGAACUUCCGCUCCUCCGCGCACCUCGUGUCGCACCAGCUUCUCGAGUCGGGUGAGAGGAACUUCAAGUGCUCCACCUGCGGGAAGGCGUUCAAGCAGGCGGCGUCCCUCAAGCAGCACCUGAAGACCCACGAGGCACGUGAGCCCCACCGCUGCUCGGUCUGCGGCCGGGCCUUUUCCAGGUCUUCUUACCUCCAGCUUCACAUGAGAACACACAGUGGGGAGCGGCCGUACCACUGUUUGGUUUGCAACCGAACGUAUGCCAAAAUGUCCACCUUUGAAAAACACUGUAAGAAGCACCAGCAGGAUGAGGAGAGGCCUGAUGUGAGACCCAGGCCAAUGACCACCAGGGCAAAAGUACUGGCUGAAAAGAAAAGGCAGGAGCAGAAGCAGCAGCACCGAGAAGACAGCCUUGAGCAACCUCACCAGGCUGACUCAGAGCAGCUGGCGGAAAGGCUGUGA